AUGACAAAGCACAGCACGAAAGCGUCGGGCGGUGUCUAUUUGUUUGCGCCAGACGAUGCGCCUGCCGCCGAGCAAGAGGCGCCCCGGCGGUCCACCGCGGUAGACCAUCCCCACACCCUGCUCUCGACGCCAAGCUCUCAAACCGUGUCUGUGUCCCGGCGUCUGCCACCGCCGCCCGAAGGCUCGGGCAUCCGUACGACGUUUACAUCCCGUUUGAGCCCCGGCCGGCCCUUUGAGGUCUACGAGGACCCAAUCAUGGAAGAGUAUUUUCCCGACAAGAUCCACCCGCAGCCGCUGGACGUAACGAGCCGCACGAGUCUGCUCGCGUCCGUCUCGAUUGUGAUUGCCGCCGCGAUCGGUAUUGGCCUCGGCGUCGGCCUUAUGCAGCUCCACGUCGACGCCUCGUCCGACUGGCCAAAGUGGCUCGCGCUGCCCGGUGAUCUCUUUGUGCGCGCGCUGCGCUGUCUUAUCGUGCCCAUGGUGUUUUGCUCAAUGGCGGUCGCGAUCGCCGAGAUCGUUCUCCUCGAGAAAACGGCCCUUCUCUCGUGGCGAACGGGUGGCAUCUUCUUCCUCACGUCACUGCUCGCAACGCUCCAAGGUAUCACGGUAGCCUAUGUCUACCACCUCGUUGCUAGCCACGGUGUUGCCAAGGCACCGGCCCCCGCGCUUCCGACAAAUAUCGCGCUCCAGUGCGCCAAUAAGCUGUACCUCGCAGUCUUCAGCAACAACGGGUCCGUCGGCUGCGUCGAGGCCAAUCCGAAUGCCACGACGGCGCUCUUCUCGCUGCGCGAUUCGUCGCACGGCAUCACGCUUGCGUCCAAGCAGGCGCUCUCGCAGCUCUCGUUGUCGGACCAAGUCAUCUCGAUCUUCAACUUGGUCGUGCCAGAAAACAUCUUUGCCUCCUUUGCGAGUGGGUCGCUUUUGAGUAUCAUUGCGUUCGCGCUGCCGCUCGGCUUUGUGAUUGCGAGAACGCAGAGCGACGCGAGCCACAACCAUCUCUUAGUGCUGCUACGCCAGACGCGGAAUGCUAUCUUGGUGCUCAUUGACGGUCUCUUGCGCCUCACUCCGAUCGCGGUGCUCUUCCUCCUCGCGAGUGCGAUCGUCUCGUACAAGAUCAAGGAGGCGAACGCAGCCGCCUUUGGCUACGUCUUUUUGGCAUUUCUGGCUGGCGUGAUCUGUCAUGUGCUGCUCGUGAUGCCGCUAUUCCUCUUUCUCUGGACUCGCUGCAACCCGUACAAGUACCUCCGUCAUCUCGUGCCGGCGUACGUCUUUGCAUUUGGGUGUGCCUCCUCGAUGGCGACCUUGCCAGUUGCCGUCACGGUCGUGCACCAGACGCGCCAAGUCUCGCGGUCCCUUGCGCAGCUCGUUUUGUUCCUCGGAACCCCCACCAACAUGAACGCCGCGGGGCUAUACCAGCCAGUCAUGACGGUUUUUAUGGCGCACAUGUCGGGCAUCGACGACCAGCUCCGUGGUCCGCAGUGGGUCGUGCUUUUCUUCGUCGCGCUGAUUGGCUCGAUGGGCACGGCGCCCGUGCCGAACGCCGGCCUUGUCAUGCUCCUGACGGUCUGGAAGACGGUGUUUCCGUCGGCGACGCAGGUCCCCCCGGCCUUUGCGAUCGUCAUGGCCGUCGACUUUCUCUUUGAUCGCAUCCGGACCAUAACCAAUGUCAACGGCAACAUGGUGGUGGCUCGCAUGCUCGCCGACCGCUUCAACGACGACCUCCACGACUCGAUCGAUGACACCGCCGCCGCCACCGACCACCCCAUUCGAGUCUAG